AUGAUUACUCAAGGGAAAAUAUCUGGGACUUAUAAACUGGGAAUGUGCCGCGAGGGAACAUUUUUGACUUGUUCAAUACAUGACCGAUUUGGUAGUUGUGGAAGUGACAUGAGCCCAUUUAGUAGCCCAUUUCUUCUAAUAGCUCCAUAUCUGAAUAUCUUGCAGGUCUCCAAAAUCCUACAAAAACCAGAAGAACUACGAACAAAGGAUGACCUUGCUGUGCUUGCAGGAUGUGUUGAUACUGUGCAGGAGUUGGAAAAGCGAAAACAGAAGACUGAGGCACGAAAGAGGAAACUUGAAGAGGUUAUUGAUGAACCCGAAGAACUAAGGAGAAAAAUUAACCUGCUGGCAGCAGCUAUUCAAGAAGCACAAUACCCAGUGAUCUACUCUGGUGCAGGAAUCAGUACGGCUGCAUCUAUCCCAGAUUACAGAGGCCCCAAUGGGGUGUGGACAUUAUUGCAGAGUGGUAGGGAAGUGAGCACAGCAGAUCUCAGUGAGGCAGAGCCCACCCUGACUCAUAUGUGCAUCGCGCAACUUUAUAAAGAAAAACUGGUGCGCCACGUAGUGUCUCAGAAUUGUGAUGGAUUACAUUUACGUAGCAGUUUACCCCGGAAGGCACUUUCUGAGCUACAUGGAAAUAUGUACAUAGAGGUAUGCACAUAUUGCUCUCCUAACAGAGAAUAUAUUCGUCUAUUUGAUGUCACGGAACGCACAUCACUGCACAAACACAAUACUGGAAGAAAGUGCCACAAAUGUAACGGUGAGCUGCGAGACACAAUUGUGCACUUUGGGGAAAAGGGAACACUGGAGCAGCCACUCAAUUGGAAAGGAGCAGCUGAAGCAGCCAAGAAAGCUGAUGUCAUCAUUUGUCUCGGAUCCAGUUUAAAGGUUCUUAAAAAAUAUGCAUGUCUUUGGUGCAUGAGCAGGGUACCUCAUAAAAGGCCAAAGUUGUACAUAGUAAAUCUACAGUGGACACCAAAGGAUGAUAUUGCUACACUGAAGAUCCAUGCAAAAUGUGAUGAUGUCAUGCGAUUGCUAUUGAAAGAACUUUGUCUUGAAAUUCCACAUUAUGACAGGUCCAAAGAUCCAAUUUUCAGUCUAGCUACUCAGCUAAGACCGGGGGAAGAAGACAGUCAUAAUCGUAAAUUACUAACCAAGGAGAGUCCAGGAGGGGUAGCUUCUACUGUCUGUGGCGGUUGGUAUGGAAAAGGUUGUGCCAAAGGCAGAAGGAAGAAAAAAAUCUAAACUGGGAAUGCUGAUUGUCAUUGAUUUACAUUUUUCUGAUUUUUAUUUUUCCGUCCUUCCCCAUACAAACUCUGUUACAUUGGGGAGGGAGCAGAGCAACUGGAAGAUUUCUGCAAACCCUGAUGCCAAUACUGAUUCAGGAGGCUGUGUGCUGCCUGCAUGACUAGAAGUUCCUUGUUGCAUAUUAGGCUGGUCCAGAAUGUCAUAUUUUCCCCAUUGGUUUAUGAUUUGAAUUAGUCACGUAAUUAGAGGCCUUGGUGUACUACACUGUUGGACUACUAAAUUUCAAGCACUUGAAACAUGAUGGGCAAAUUGGUAGACCAUAAUGUGACAUUUUGAGAUUUGUCUGCUCAAUGUUCAGAAUAAAGUCCAGUAAAAAUAUUCCUGAGAUAAAUAACUUUAGUAGCAUUUACACUGGGGAACAAUUAAUUGUCUUUGGCCAAGAGGCAUUGAUAGACAACCAACUAAGAUCUGGGCCCACUCAUAAUCAGUGGCGAAAGUAACAUCUUCCUGAAGCACCUUGUGUUUAUUGCAUUAAAGGAAGUGAAGCAUUGUGUCUGAUUAAAACAAUUGAUCUUUCAUCCUCUAUUUGCAGGAAAGUUUAAUUUCAAGGCAAGGUUCUGGGUAUACUUCAUAAGUUCACUCUUCCCAAAAGUCCCUGCAAUGCGAGCACAAGAUAAUGAAAUAAGCAGUUAACAGCAGUUUUCCAUUCACUCUGAAGUUGAAAAUCGCUUUUGUUCAAUGUCCAAUAGAAGUGUUGGAUCCAAGUGCGUAGCCAGUGAGAUUUGUAAAUAACUUUCCAGUGGACUCCACCCAGAUUCCACCCCGAGAACCAGUGCAAAUCAAAUUCUUGCCAACGGAAUGAUGUCCGUGACAUCAAACCUUGUCAUCAAACACCAAAAUGGUAGCUGUCUGCUGACAGCCCUUGUAAAUGCAUUCCCUUAUGCCAAAUUUCAAUUUUUAAAGUAAAUUUCAAUUUGUCUGCAGAUCAGCGUGUUUCUCAGCCACUUCCCAUCUUAAGUAAUGGCAUCAAGCAGAUAAAGCAGCAAACCUGUCUGUAGCUCUGGUGGUGCUCCAAACUUCUUAUGCUCCUAACUGAAAUUUUGAAAAAGUUAGAGAAACCACAGAAAAUAUAGCUUUGAAUAUAUUUUGCACUAGGAGGUAUUUCAAUUUACAAUACCAUUUGUAUGUCUUUGUUUACUUAUUACAUAUUUUGACUACUUCUUGAAGAAUUUUCAAAACCACCUCUUCAAUACCAGGGAUUUUUCUAAAUUGGUUGCUUUUCUAGAUUUACUAUUCUUGUUUGUUGGAAACUUUUUAAUGUGUUGUUUUACAGUUUAUUAUAAUACUGCAAGCUAGACCAACCGAUGGAUUGAUCUUGAAAUGAUCUCACUAUUACCCACACACUUAAUUGCUACUUAUCAGGGAGAUGGCUCUACCCCAAUAUAAUCCUUGAUAUUUCUCUCUUCAGUUACCUAAAGUACCCAAAUCACACUGGCUGCAAACAAUAUGGAUUGUACUUAUUCAUACAGCCAAAUUCUUAAUGAGUAGAAUUCUUAAAAUAAUACUAAAUGUAAAUAACACCCUCUAGGCAUGGGUUGGGAUGCAGGGAGUGUAUAGUCCUUGGAUAAAUGUUCAAAAAAUUCUACCAGUAUACAAUCUGUUGAUAAUUGGACCAUGGUUCUGAAUGUGCAAAGACAGGCUGUUUGGUGAAAUAAUUUAUCUGUUCUAGGGUGAGAUAACAGUUGUUGUAGAUGUCCUGAUAUAUAUCCUAGGAUGGCAUGGUGCCUCAGUGGUUAACACUGCUGCCUCACUGGGCCAGAGACCUGUGUUUGAUUCCACCCUUGGGCGACUGUCUGUGUGGAAUUUUCACAUUCUCCCCGUGUCUGCGCGGAUUUCCUCUGGGUGCUCCGAUUUCCUCCCACAGUCCAAAGAUGUCCAGCUUAGGUGGAUUGGCCGUGCUAAAUUGCCCGUAGCGGCCAGGGUGUGCAGGCUAGGUGAAUUAGCCAGGGGAAAUGCAAGUUUACAGAGAUGGGAUAGAGGGUGGGUAUGGGUGGGAUGCUCUUCAGAGGUCAGUAUGGUCUUGAUGAGCCAAAUGGCCUAUUUCCACACGAUAGAGAUUCCAUGAUUCUGUGAUAGAGGACAACGUGUGUUUGUCUGGAGACAGGUGUCAUUAACUGAGUCUAUUUCCAAAGGACUUUUUCUUCUCAGCCUUCUAGAUCACAGAAUGAAUCAAGUGUUGUUUCAGGAUCAAUUCCUUAGCCAUCGGACAGUGCUGAAUCUUGUGGCUCGUUUUUAAUACAACUUAAAUCAGUUUUAACAUCAAACCAUGUAAGACAACUAUAAAAACGGGUAUUUUCUUUGUUUUUAGUUGUAAAACUGCUUGUGUGUUGAUAUCUUGACAAGUAAUGAAUGAAUAAGGUGUCAGAGUUCUGAAAGAGAAUGAAUGGAUUAAAUGGUAAAACAAAAGCAAAAUACUGGAAAUGUGAAAUAAAGCAGUGGAUUCAAUGUUGGUAUCCUGACAGUAGGUGAAUGCAUUGAGUGUCAGUAUCAGAUUAAGUGACAGAUUCCUGGCAGCAAGUGAGAAGAGAAAAUGUGUAUUUUGUCAAAAGAUGCUGCUGUUUUAUCUGAUUUUUGAGUCUGGGAUUUUUCUUUUCUCCUUAAGUUAAAACAUUCUGCAGUCACUAAAAUCAUUCUUGCAUCUAAUAAUGCUGAGUUAAUUAAGCCCAAUGAUGACUUUUCAGGGUAAAGAUUAGAAAAAACUGUUUUGACGAUUUGUGAGCACAGGGCUUGGACUUAUUAUAAUAUUUUUAAACAAUCCUGAAUACUCUUAUGCUUUCUUCCAAAUAUUCUUCAUGUUUUGUAAUGUUAUGUGAUUUAAACUUGAAAUUGUUCAGGUUUCUAGAAACGUCAGCUUAUGCUUUUAAACAUGAAAAAGUGAGGUUCAAAAAUGUGGUUGUAAAUUUAACACCUGGGUUGUUCUCUACCUGUGUUACUGGUCAUGUGAUUGUCAGAGAAUUACAUUUUGGAGUGUUGUGUGCCUGUGAACACCCAAACAAAACUUGACAUAAUGGAAUUACAUAAUGACAUUUCACAUUUCAGAAGCCAGAAUUCAUCUUCAUAAUACUGGAAAAUUAAUGGGCAUUGAGUCACUAGUACGGAACAACCCAUCUGUGAUUGCACUUUAUUUGAUAUAACUUGUCAAUUGUAUUACAACAGAGCUGUAAUUAUUUUUUAAAUAAACAGUCCUAAAUGGA